AUGCCUGCGAACGUCGAGCUGCUCACCUGCGAGUACGCGCCGCAGCAGCACAUCGAGGUCCAGGCUUUCGAGGAGACCUCCGGAGUGGACGCUGAGAAGCUCAUCUGCGAGCACGCGUCGCAGAAGCAGAUCGUGGACGAGACUAUCUGCGAGUGCGCGUUGCCGAAGCAGAUCGAGAGUCAGGCUGUCGAAGAGGCCUGCGAGGUGGCAGAGGCGGGGUCCCCGUCGGUGGCAGCGGACGUCGAGGUGGUCCAGGCAGCGGCCCCAUCAGAGCCCGUGGACGUCGAGAAAGCCAUCUGCGAGUUCGCGUUGCAGAAGCCGAUCGAGGUCAAGGAAACCUGCGAGGCGGUCAGAGCGAAGCAUCUGGCGGCGCCUGCGGACGUCGAGAAGCUCAUCUGCGAGCACGCGUCGCAGAAGCAGAUCGAGGACCAGGCCGUCGAGAGGACAUGCGAGGUGGUCAAGGCGGAGUUCCCGUCCGUGGUAGAGGACGUCGAGAAACUCAUCUGGGAGUACACGGCGCAGAAGCAGAUCGAGGUCCAGGCCGUCGAGAAGACCUGCGAACAUAUCUGGGAGUACACGUCGAAGAAGCAGAUCAAGGACCAGGUCGUCAAGAAGACCAUCGAAGUAGCAAAGGUGGAGUCCCCGUCGGUGCCCGCGGACGUCGAGAAGCAUGUCUGGGAGUACACGUCGAAGAAGCAGAUCGAGGACCAGGUCGUCAAGACGACUUGCGAAGUGGCAAAGGCGGGGUCCCCGUCGAUGCCAGCGGACGUCGAGAAGCAUACCUGGGACUACACUUCACAGAAGCAGAUCAAGGACCAGGCCACCGAGAGGACCUGCGAGGUUGUCAAGGCUAAGUUCCCGUCGGCGGCAGCGGACGUCGAGAAGCUCAUCUGGGUGUACAGGUCGCGGAAGCAGUUCGAGGACCAGGCCACCGAGAGGAACUGCGAGAUGGUAUAG